AUGCCAGGCGAGCAGCAUCAGCAGAAGGAAGAGAAUAACGACAAUGGAAAGAGUGACAUGUCAAUUAUAUCGUCCUCAGGUGGUAGCAGUAGUGGUGUCCAAGCGCUUCCACCAUUGCCAUUUGAUGAAAGUUUAGUCACAACUCUCUCGACGGCUUGCAGUGGAGCAGAGACGAUGGCUACAACAACCAGUAGUAAGUCAGCAGCAGAUUUCUUCCUGGACCAAAUUGCUGCUGUAGUUUCGGACGAGAAAAAACUCUCGGAUAAUAUCAUGGACUUGAUCCCGCCUGUGGAAACACCGAUUAGUCAAGCAGAUGCAGUAACGCAGGGGUUGAAUGGAGGACUGACGUCCUCGAUUGGAAUACCAUUGCAGCCACCACCUGGAUUGAUGAUGCGUGCCUUGUCGCCACCAUCGUCGCUCUUGCCGGAUUUUGGAGAUAUUGCGUCAUUGGCGUUGCUUGGAGAUACCGCAGUGUCUGGAAUAAUGGCUAGUACCGAUGAUAGUGCAAAGCAGACGACGACGACGACAAUGAUGACUACAGCAGCAACACGAGAAGUUCCAAUUGUGAAGACUGACGGUGCAGGUACAACCUCAGCGAUGAGGAGAAAAGCAGAGUCAGUAACAACAGCGGCUAUGGUGCACAAGAAGCAGAAGAUGGACAACAUUACGCCAGAGCUUACUAAAAAUGAAGCUGCAGCAUCCGUACCUGUAUCAGCUUAUCAACAACAGCAGGCCAGGCAAAAUCUUGCCAAUAUUAAUAACUCGUUGACCUCGUCGACGGCGGUGGCUGUCGCUGCAGCUGCAGCGGCACGUGAGAAAGUAAUGAAGGAGCCACAGUCUGGUGAUCUUUACGAGUGUGUGAUCACCAAGCGGAAUGGUGGGCUAGGAUUGACACUCGCAUGCGUGGAUGACCACGUGCAGAUUACAGGUCUUGCACCGGACACACCUGCUGCUAACAGCGGCAUCUCUGUUGGUGACACACUCGUAGCUGUAUCGGGGUUACCCGUGCGUGGUCUUCAAUUUUCGACGGUGAUUGGCCGCCUAAAAUCGACGUCACGCAACUCGGUUGUACUCAAACUUCGUCGCAAUCCCUUUCGACAAAAUACUGGCAGUUUAGCAUCAUACCGUGGGAUGAAACGACCUGGUCGUAGUGUGAUCAAGGGAUCUGAUAGCAGUAACAGUGCUAAUGUGUUGUCAAGCAAGACAAUGGCAUUGGAGACACGGAUAGGUGGAGGUGUCGGAAACGGUCUGAAUGGUACUGCUGCAGGUCUGGCUGGCGCAUCAAACAACAGGAGUGCAACUGUUGGCUUAGACGACCUGCAUCGCUCGCACCAUCAAGGAGUGACAGGUUUUACGAACCAUGCCACAGGUCUGCACCAUGCGCAACACUUGCAAGUGCAUUUGAAAUCGGAGCCCAUGAACUCGGCCUAUUUUCCUACAGAUGCGUCUAUUCUUACAAUGGGAACAACAGCUCCUGGGUCCAGCACUUCAAGUGCAGUUUUAGUUACUGCUUUUGCGCCAUCAUCAUUGGUUCCCAAUGACACACAGUCUGGAUGGAGAGUCAGUAAUGAGGAGAAGGACCGUUACUAUGCCGAGUGCCGUGCUCUUCGACAUGAGUUGGGAAGAUCCAUGGUAGCGCAACGAAUUCAACAGCGAGAUACAGCGUUUUACACUUCUCAGUUACAGGCGGUUGUGGACAAGUUUCAGGAGCAAGCUCGAUCGUUGAAACCUACACAAUCUGCUUCAGUAUCUGCAAGCGCAUUGGCCCCAUCGACUUCUACCGAUAGCGACAAAGUUGCAGCACUACGUCAGAAGUUGGUGGAAGCAAACCAAGCGCUAGCAAAACAACAGACGGAAAUACUGGCUCUUCAAGAACGUGAAGCUCGGCAUGCACUUCCGGAAGCCCAGCGAGUGAAGUGGCAACUUGUGUCGCUCAUGAGGAAAAGUAUGCUUCAGAUUGAUUGCAAAGCGGCUUCCAAUUGGUCGUCAACGCCGUCUGUGAAAAAGACCAGCCCGACCUUGAACUUUGAGGAGCGGUUUGAUGGCGUCCGCCCGUGCUCUUUUGCACUACUGGUUGGUCAGAGCAGUGUGAAACUUGAACCACCUACAGUUGAGCUUGAGCUUAGUGUGAAAGCUUGCACGGAGCUAUUAGGUUGGAAUCUCCGGGAAGUAGUAGUCCAAGCAGGAGGAACGUAUAUUGUAAGCGCGGCUGACACUGUUCAUGUGAAGUAUCUGCGAACUGAAGAAGCGCUGGUCGUCUCGUGGACACUGUCUGUGGUAGAUAACAGCAACAGGAAAUGA